AUGCGCAAGGGUGACGUGGUGAUUUUGCCCGUGCUUGCCCUCCACCGCGACCCUGCGCACUGGCUGCACCCCGAUGUCGCCGAACCCGAGCGCUUCAGCGACGAGAACAAUCACCGCAACAAGCCCUUCACCUACAUGCCCUUCGGCGCGGGCCCGCGACUCUGCAUUGGCCAAAAUUUGGCUCGCUUGGAAAUUAAACUUGCCUUGAUAUACCUCCUGACUAAUUUGAAUUCCCUUCCAUCUGACAAGACCAUCAGACCAGUGCAGUUUGAAAAGGGCUUGAAUAUGAUGGUGAAGGGUGAAGAGAGUACACUAUAUAUAGUGAUGCUGGAGGGCGUGUACGCGGCGCUGUCGCGCGCCACCGCGGCCGACUGGCUGCUGCUGGCGAGCGGGCUCCUGCUGGGGCUGUACCUGCUGGGCACGUGGCGCUACGACUUCUUCAAGCGGCGCGGGGUGGCUUCCACCAUCCCCAAGGCGCCCUUCCUCGGCAACACGCUCAAGGCGUUCGUCGGCCUCAGCCCGUUCCCGGACCUCGUGCAGGACCUCUACCGCCAGGGCAAGGGCCACGGCGUGUUCGGCUUCUUCGAGUUCCAGCGGCCCAUCUUCAUGAUCAGGGACCCCGACCUUAUCAAGGUGGUCACCGUCAAGGACUUCGACCACUUCAUGAACCACCGCAGCGUCGCCAGCGAGAAGGCCGAUCCCAUCUUCACGCAGAACCUCUUCAACCUCAAAGAUCAACGCUGGAAGGAUAUGCGCACUACCCUUAGUCCAGCCUUCACCACAAGCAAAAUAAAGGCAAUGUUUCCGCUAAUUUCGGCGUGCACUGCGCAGACUGCUAAACAUUUGCACGAAGAACAAGAGGCUCUCAUCAAAAGUGGUAAAAAAGGACCUCUGGAAGUGGAUAUGAAAGAUCUUUUUACUCGUUUGGCCAACGACGUGAUAGCAACCGUAGCAUUUGGAGUAGGUUGUGACUCUCAAAAAGACCCGAAAAAUGAAUUCUACUUCAUGGGCAAGGAAAUGACCACUUUCACCUUCCUGCGAACGAUGAUAUUUUUUGCCUAUCUCGUUAUUCCCAAAGUUGCCGAGGCAUUAGGUCUUCGCGUGCUGAGUGAGAGAGCAACGAACUACUUCGACACGCUGGUGCAUUCUACGAUCAAGGAGCGCCAGCAGAAGGGCAUCUUCCGUCCCGACAUGCUGCAGCUGCUCAUGCAGGCGCGCGAAGGGCAGCUCAAGGCGGAGGCCAACGAAGAGCACGAGACGGAGAAAUUCGAUUCCAAAUUCAAACUGUCGAACAACGACAUCACCGCGCAGGCUGUAAUCUUCUUCUUCGCGGGCUUCGAGACGGUGUCGACGGCGCUGUGCUUCACCGCCUACGCCCUGUCGCGCCACCCGGACGCUCAGCUGCGCCUGCAGAAGGAGGUGGACGCCAUGAUGAAGGAGACGGGGGGCAAACCAACCUACGAGGCCAUCCAAGGCAUGAAGUACCUGGACGCUGUCAUCAACGAGGCGCUGCGCAUGUACCCGCCGGUGGUGGCGGUGGACCGGAUGUGCCGCGAGGACUUCGUCCUGCCGCCCAGCGCCACCUCCCCCUCCGUGCACAUCCGCAACGGCGACAUCACGUGGGUGCCCAUCUACGCGCUGCACCACGACCCCGAGCUGUGGGAGGAGCCCGACAAGUUCGACCCCGAGCGCUUCAGCGACGAGAACAAGCACCGCAUCAAGCCCUUCUCGUACGCGCCCUUCGGCCUGGGCCCCCGCCUCUGCAUCGGUCAGCGGUUUGCACUUCUGGAGGUGAAAUUGGCGCUGGUGAAUCUCAUUGCGAACUUCGACAUCCAUCCGUCUCCCAAGACCAAGCAUCCUCUACAGUUCGAAAAGGGCUUCAACAUGAUGAUUCGCGGCGGCUUCUGGAAUCAGCUCAUCCCACGAAACAAAAACAUAUUUUUUAUUGUCAAUAAAAUUAUUUUAAUACAUUUAUUGUUUUUUUCUCUUGAAUAUGGUACGAUUUUAUCCCUAAAAUAUACUCAUUACAUUGACAAACAUUGGCUGCUGCUGGGCGCCGGGGCGCUGCUGGUGGUCUACUUGCUGCGCCGCCGGAGCCGCCGCGACGUGUUCGCCCAGCGCGGGGUGGCCUCCGCGCCCAACCCGCUGCCCUUCUUCGGCAACACCGUCAAGAGCUUCAGCGGCCGCAACUCCUUCUCGGACCAGGUCCUCCGCCUGUACGGCGAGGCGCGCGGCCACCGCGUCUUCGGCUUCCUGCAGUUCCAGACGCCUCUCUUCCUCGUGCGCGACCUCGACGUGCUCAAGGCCGUCAUGAUCAAGGACUUCGACCACUUCACCAACCGGAUGCCAAUCGCCACACAGGAGACAGACCCCUUCUUCAGCCAAAGUCUCUUCAACCUCUCAGACCAGCGCUGGAAGGAUAUGCGCACCACCCUCAGUCCAGCCUUCACCACCAGCAAAAUAAAACGAAUGUUCCUGAUUAUCAGCGACUGCACGUCGCAGACGGUUCAGCACUUACGGGAAGAACAUGAAGCUCUGACGAAGAACGGUCAAAAGCAGCCUCUAGAAGUGGAUAUGAAAAACCUGUUCACUCGUCUGGCCAAUGAUGUGAUAGCAACUGUGGCGUUUGGAGUAAAUUGUGACUCGCAAAAGGAAGCAAAUAAUGAAUUUUACUUAAUGGGCAAGGAAUUGACAACAUUCAAGUUUUGGGGUACAUUGAAGUUUAUGGUUCAUUUAAUUUCUCCAAAAAUCGCACAGGUAUUGGGACUACGGGUAUUCGGCAAAAAAGCAACGACUUACUUCGAUUCGCUGGUACAAGAUACCAUCAAGGAGCGUCAGCAGAAGGGCAUCUUCCGACCCGAUGUUCUGCAGCUGUUGAUGCAGGCGCGCGAAGGGCAGCUCAAGGCGGAAGCUGGAGACGAGCAGGAGACUGAGAAAUUCGACACAAAAUACAAGCUGACGGACACCGACAUCUCAGCGCAAUCGAUCGGAUUCUUCUUCGCGGGCUUCGAGACGGUGUCGACGGCGCUGUGCUACACGACGUAUGCUCUGUCGCGCCACCCGGACGCUCAGCUGCGCCUGCAGGAGGAGAUAGACGUCGUGUUGAGGGAGACGGGAGGCAAGCUUACCUACGACGCCAUCCAGGGCAUGAAGUACCUGGACGCCGUCAUCAACGAAUCGCUGCGCCUGUUCCCGCCGGUGCAGGCCGUGAACCGCGUGUGCCGCGAGGACCUCGUGAUCCCGGCCACCGAAUCGUCUGCCACCGUCCGAUUCUGCAAGGGAGACGCCGUGUUCCUGCCCAUCAUGGGACUUCACCGAGACCCCGACCAUUUCCCAGACCCCGACGCCUUCGACCCCGAGCGCUUCAGCGACGAGAACAAGCACAACAUCAAGCCCUGCACCUACAUGCCCUUUGGGAUGGGGCCCCGGUUCUGUAUAGAGUUCAUCCUCCAGAUGUACCGCGAAGGGCGAGGCCAUCGGGUCUUCGGCUUCCGACAGUUCCAGCAGCCUUUCUUCCUCGUCCGCGACCCAGAAGUGCUCAAGUCCGCCAUGGUCAAGGACUUCGACCACUUCACCAAUCGGGUACCGCUCACUACUCAGAAGGCCGAUCCCAUCUUCAGCCAAACCCUCUUCAACCUUUCAGACCAGCGCUGGAAGGAUAUGCGCACUACCCUUAGUCCAGCCUUCACCACCAGCAAAAUAAAACGAAUGUUUCUGAUUAUCAGUGACUGCACGUCGCAGACGGUUCAGCACUUACGGGAACAACAUGAAGCUCUGAUUAAAAACGGUCAAAAGCAGCCUCUAGAAGUGGAUAUGAAAAAUUUGUUCACUCGUCUAGCCAAUGACGUGGUAGCUACUGUGGCUUUUGGAGUAAAUUGUGACUCGCAGAAGGAAGCCAAUAAUGAAUUCUACUUAAUAGGCAAGGAAUUGACAACAUUUUCGCUUUGGCGUAUAUUAAUGUUCAUGGUUUAUUUAAUUGCUCCAAAAAUCGCAGAGUUUUUGGGUCUACGGGUAUUCGGCUACAAAGCAACGACUUACUUCGAUUUGCUGGUACAAGAUACAAUCAAGGAGCGCCAGCAGAAGGGCAUCUUCCGUCCCGACAUGCUGCAGCUGCUCAUGCAGGCGCGCGAAGGGCAGCUCAAGGCGGAAGCUGGAGACGAGCAGGAGACUGAGAAAUUCGACACAAAAUACAAGCUGACGGACACAGACAUCUCAGCGCAAUCGAUCGGAUUCUUCUUCGCGGGCUUCGACACGGUAUCGACGGCGCUGUGCUUCACCGCCUACGCUCUGUCGCGCCACCCGGACGCUCAGCUGCGCCUGCACGAGGAGGUGGACGCAGUGAUGAAGGAGACGGGGGGCAAACCAACCUACGAGGCCAUCCAAGGCAUGAAGUACCUGGACGCCGUCAUCAACGAAUCGCUGCGCCUGUUCCCGCCGGUGCAGGCCUUGAACCGCGUGUGCCGCGAGGACCUGGUGAUCCCGGCCACCGAAUCGUCUGCCGCCGUCCGCUUCUGCAAGGGAGACGCCCUGUUCUUGCCCGUCUUCGGCCUUCACCGAGACCCCGAGCAUUUCCCAGACCCCGACGCCUUCGACCCCGAACGCUUCAGCGACGAGAACAAGCACAACAUCAAGCCCUGCACCUACAUGCCCUUUGGGAUGGGGCCCAGGUUCUGCAUAGAACAUUUUAUUGAUCUUAAAAAUUUAUUGACAUUCUUAUUUCAAUACAAUCAACAUUGA